AUGCAAUUUGUUUUUAUUUUUAGAAUGGCUUAUAGUUCUCAAACAUAUGGGUCCACAGAUCAACGGACAGAUGUACCUGAUGUAGGAUUUAGUCCUACUGAACUUUAUAGUCUCAGUGAAAAUAUUACAACUAAUAUAUAUACAAUUAAUACAAGUUGGAGAACACUUGAACGAGCAUAUAAAAAUGUUGGAACCAAUAAAGAUAAUCAGGGUCUAAGAGAUAAGGUACAUGUCACACAAUUAAGCACAAAUCAAGUAGUAACACAAACAAGUAAAGAUAUUGCAAGACUGACAGUGUUAAUGAGGCGAGGUGAUAAACAACAGAAGUUGCAAAUUGAGAAACUCACUACUGAUUUCAAGGAUGCUUUGCAAAGAUAUUCAGAUAUGCAAAAGUCAAUUGUGGAAAAAAUGAAGAGGCAUAUUUUGCUUACAACUAGUAUAGAAAAUCCUAUGAAUUCAGAAGAAGAGGAACAACAACGUUUACUUCAAGCUCAGGAGGAUGAACACAGAGUGACACAAAGGAAUCUUGAAUUUCAACAAGGUUUACUGUUAGAAAGAGAAGAUAGAAUAAAACGGAUCGAAGGAGAUAUUUUGGAUGUGAACCAAAUAAUGCGUGAAUUGGCAGCAUUGGUAUAUCAGCAAGGAGAUACAAUCAAUACAAUAGAUAAUCAUAUAGAAAAUGUACAUGGGAAUGUUGAACUAGGAGCACAAGAGUUAAUCAAGGCAAGUAAUUACCAAAGUAAAUAUCGACGAAAAGUUUUUGUCCUAUUGUUACUCGCAAUUAUAGUCGUUAUUAUAUUAAUUAUUGUUCUAGUCACUAAAUUAAGUUAGCGCUCCUAAUUAUCCUAGAUACUGCGAGCGAAUGGAAAGGGUUGUCUCAAUCUAUCUUACUGAUUGUAAAACUAAUAUUAUGGAAAAAUAUAAAUUGUCACUUUAUGUAUCAGAUAUGCAAUAUGGGGAGAGGAUAGACUUAUUUUAUAUUCAUUUGUAAAUUGAUUAAUUCAAACACAUUAUUUUUGUUUAUCUUUGAACUUGUAAACAUAUAUUAUUUUCAUUGCAUAUUUGUUUCUUAUUUUCAUUUUAAAUCAAUUAAAAUUUAAUAAUUUAGAUUAAAAUUACAUGUACAAGGAUAUUAAGUAUCUGCAUUAUUCUUUAUAACAUUUGUAAUAGAAACAAAUCUUUAUUUUUGUUACAUGAAAAAAUUAACACAAUAUUGAUUAUUAUAAAGAAAUAAUUUUUGUCGUACCUGUAACCUAUUAUUUAGCAAAAUCUUCGAUAAAUUUUAAUUGUAUUAUACAUUAUUUUCACAAUAAAUUGUACAGCAUUACAAAUACAACAAGUGUUUAAGUAAAA